AGAUGUCGUUAAAGUUUUGUCAAAAAUAGAUGACAUGUUUGUGUGAAACAGUGUUUUAUUAAUACUUCAAAACAAUAAUUAUCUCAAUCUUUGAGUCAUUCAAUGAGUUAACAAUCAAUUGUUUAUCAUUUAUUUGAUCCCAUAUUUGUGUUUCAUUUAACACCAAACAAGUGACUCAAUGAGCGACGACUUGGAUCUCGAGGCCAUUCGUGCCAAACGUCUUCAGCAGUUACAGCAACAGCAACAACAACAACGAAGUGGUGGCAAAUCUGAUGAGACACAAAGGGAAGCCAUCGCUGAACGCCAGGCCAAAGAGGAAGAGUUCAGAAACAAUAUAUUGUCACAAGUGUUGGACCAAUCGGCCAGAGCUCGCCUUAGCACACUAUCGGUGGCCAAACCAGAAAAAGCCAAAAUGGUUGAGAAUCUGUUAAUACAAAACACACGAAUGGGAGUCAUCCGGAGUAAAUUAUCUGAAGAUGAUUUGAUUGGACUUCUGGAGAAAGUGAGUGAACAGACGUCCAAAAAGACGACCGUUAAAUUUGACAGACGAAGAACAGCAUUGGAUGACUCCGAUGACGAAGACUUAGAAUAAAACAGUGAUUGUGUUGUUGUUUAGACCAUAUUAUCGAUAAUAAACUUUUUUAUUUGUAUUACUAAUUACUCUUAUAUUACUAACAUUUUACAAAAAUAAAACUUCAAUUAU